AUGGCGGAGAGCAUGGAAGGCGUCGUGACGGAGGUCGAGCAGCCAAACACCGAGAACGUGGAGGAAAAGACAGUCUCUGAGAUUCGCUCCAACUUCGCCCUGCUGGAGCGCGCCGUCGCCCAGUUUGAUACCCGGUUUACACUGAGAGCACUCCGCUCAAUAUCGUCGCUCCGAAAGAAGCUCACCGAUCGCGUGCUAUGUACGGUCAUCGUUGUGACGUACUCGGCGAAGAACCCCACCGCGCGGCUACUUAUCCAGGCGGUGGGGAUGGAGGCCGAGGAUCUCAAAGCUGUGGCAGACCAACACAAGGAUGCGGUGCAGGCGCUGAAGAAUAGCACCAAGGAGCCAUUACCGGAGGUGGAUGUUUACAUAGGCAUUCUACUUCAGGUGUACCUUUACGACCAACAAGACUAUGAAGAGGGCGCCGAAUUCUCCACUCAACUAGUAGACAGGAUUCGGGAGCUGAACCGGCGGACACUGGAUUCCCUAGCCGCGAAAGCGUACUUCUACUUCUCGCUCUUCCAUGAGGAGCUCGACCCUAAACCGCCUUCCAAACAGUCGCAGGUCAUUACCAUUCGAGGGAAGUUGCUCGCGGCUCUCCGCAGUGCCGUGCUCCGAAAGGAUCUGGACACUCAGGCUUCGGUCACCACAUUGCUCCUUCGUAAUUACCUCUCCACCGCCGACAUAACGCAAGCCGAUCUGCUCGUUGCGCAGACACAGUUCCCCGAGAAUGCACCAAACAACCAAGUCGCCAGGUAUCUCUACUAUCUUGGUCGCAUAAGGGCCAUUCAAUUGUCAUACACCGACGCACACGAGCACUUGAUCAGCGCUACCCGCAAAGCACCGUCCAACUCCGUCGCGGCAGGUUUCUACCAGGCCUCGAUGAAGCUCCUGAUAGUAGUAGAGUUGCUCAUGGGUGAUAUUCCAGAACGUGAGCUGUUCAGCCAGCCCCGUCUUGAGCGUACUCUGGAGCCAUACUUCCGCUUGGUCCAGGCAGUACGCGCUGGCGACCUACCAAGCUUCUUGAAGAUUGUCCAAAACUCCGCAAAGGCCUUCCACCGCGAUGGUACUUACACUUUGAUCCUGCGUCUCCGCCAAAACGUCAUCAAAACCGGAAUCCGCGUGCUCUCGCUCUCCUACUCGCGUAUUUCCCUACGAGAUAUCUGCCUGCGCCUCGGGCUUGAGAGUGAGGAGUCGGCAGAAUACAUCGUUGCGAAGGCGAUUCGCGAUGGUGUCAUUGAGGCUUCGAUUGAUCACGAGAAGGGCUUCAUGCAAACGAAGCAGGCCGGCGAUAUCUACGCCACGCGCGAGCCCGGCGAGGCAUUUCACGAGCGUAUUCGCGCCUGCUUGACACUUCACGACGAAUGUGUCAAGGCGAUGCGCUACCCAAUGAAUCAGCAUCGGUUAGAGUUGAAGAAUGCUCAGGAGGCCAGAGAGCGGGAGCGGGAGCUUGCAAAGGAGAUCCAGGAGGGUGAUCUUGAUGAUGACGAUGCGGCGGGCGACUUUGACGGUUUGUAG